GCUCCUUCCACCACAGCCUCCAGAAGAAUCCCCUCGACGACAGCCACCAUCGACCCUCGACCCUCGACCCUUUUUUCUCACUCGAUCGAAUCUCCCCAUCAUCCUCAUCGACGUCUCCAUUGACUCGGCAAUGCCCAAUUGACCCAGGUCUCUCGCGACUCAAGCCCCUUGACUGACGUCCGCUGCCAAAUUAUUCUUCCACCACAUCCGGCCCCAUCAUGUCCCAAACCGAACUGGAAAGACCAGACUCAAUACAGGAAGAAGAUCCUCACAAUGAGGCACCUGUGAAGAAGCAGAAGAGCAGAAGACCAGCUAACACUGCAUUUCGUCAGCAACGUUUAAAAGCCUGGCAACCCAUCCUUACUCCCAAGACCGUUCUACCCAUCCUCUUUGGCAUCGGUAUCAUCUUUGCUCCCAUUGGCGGUCUACUGCUCUGGGCGAGUGCUUCCAUACAAGAACUAGUCAUCGACUAUACAGACUGCACGAGCACCGCAACAAGUUCUUUCACUCCUAUCCCAGAGAACAAGGUUUCCUCGGAGUUCAGGACUACAAACAGUUCGAUCCGCCCUCAAUGGAGAACCACUGUCAACUCCACCACUCCUCCCUAUAGCGUGACCAUCGACGAAACAAAUGUCUGCACCCUUCAAUUUUCCAUUCCCAACGAUAUCGGCCCCCCUGUCUAUCUUUAUUACCGCUUGACCAAUUUCUACCAAAACCAUCGACGAUAUGUCCGAUCCCUUGACACCGAUCAAUUGAGGGGCGCUGCACUUUCUGCGGGGACCAUUGACUCGAGCUCAUGCGAUCCUAUCAAACUUGCCCCUGAUGGCAGACCGAUCUACCCAUGUGGCUUGAUUGCAAACUCGUUGUUCAAUGACACCUUGAACAGCCCCGUUUCUGUAAACUCCGCUGGAGGACAAGAGCGCCAGACCUAUACCAUGACGAAUCGAAGCAUUGCGUGGUCCAGUGACGCGGAAUUGUAUAGGCGGACAAAUUAUCGCAACGAUGAGGCUGCGCCCCCUCCAAAUUGGGCUCUUCGUUACCCAGACGGUUAUACCGAUGAGAAUCCCAUUCCCGACUUGUCGCAAUACGAAGAGUUCCAAGUUUGGAUGAGAACCGCUGGCUUGCCUACUUUCAGCAAACUUGCUUUGCGAAAUGACGAUGAUACUAUGACCGCCGGCAUCUAUCAAAUGGACAUCUAUGAUUUCUUCCCAGUCGAUGUCUAUGAAGGCACCAAGAGUGUCUUGAUUUCCACCAGAAGUGUUAUUGGUGGAAAGAAUUCAUUCCUAGGGAUUGCAUAUGUUGUUGUCGGCGGUCUCUGCAUCGUUCUCGGGGUGCUUUUCACUAUUGCCAAUCUGAUCAGGCCAAGGAAACUUGGAGACCACACCUAUUUGUCUUGGAAUAACGACUCAAACCCCACAGCAACUAGCACCGGUCGCGAAGUUCGACCAGGGACGUCGUGACACGAGUGUUGACCGCAUCGUGUGAUUUGACUCUUGAUGUUGAUGACGCUGGUUGAGAAUCUGGCAAUGGCGUUGGGGUUUUCAGACCAUCCGGGCUCUCGGCCAGAACCCCAAAUAUUGGGAAGCCUCGCCAUUUUGUGGACUUUGGCCGAUUACGAUUUAUAUGGCGUUUGUUGUUGUGGUUCUUGAUGUUUCUGUAGAGAAUUUGAAUGGAAUGUCAGGUUUUGGGUCGUCAACAUUCCUGCCACGUUACUCCCCUGUCGUGCAUAUGCGCUUAUUGGAGACAGGUUUCUUUGCAGCGUUCCUUUGGUCUCUUCAUCUCUUUCCUUUAUGCACAUCUGUGAUUUU